AUACAGAAAAUCAUUGAAAAAAAUAAUUUUCUCGUUUAAAGCAGGAAAAGUUAAUUAUAAUGAGUUUCUACAGAUAUUUCUUUAGUCCAAGACUGUUUAAAGACUACACUGAUGGAUCGUCAUUAUCGUCAAUCUAUUCAGAAGUUGGAUUUGAAAAGUUAGGAGACAGUUUAGUGUCUUUCUGGGGAAUAAUGUUUAGCCUUUUUAAAUAUGGAAGUCCUAUAAUUGGGCUCUAUUUUUAUAAGAAAGGAUAUUUAGUGUCUGAGAAUUUUGGUUCCUUACUCAAAGUUUCAACUGGAAUCGGCCUAUUUGUCAUCCUGUCUUAUUGUCUACGAGGAUAUGGAAGAUCUCAAAGCCAAAUGUACAGAAAGUUUGUGAAAGAUUUGCAAGAAGCACAGUUAAAUCCAAAAGAUCCAUUAAACAAGAAGAAGAUUCGCGCAUAUGAUUUUGAAUUUGAUCAAUGGCCUGUCGAUUGGACUAUGAAAUCAUUAAAUACAAAAGAAAAUAAUGCAAAGAUGGUCGCAAAUACUUCAUCAAGUCGCUUAAAUGUUAACUGGAUCUCACCGUGUAGCAUUAUUGCUUUCUUAGCUAUCCAUAGUUUUGGCUUAAAAAUGAUUUAUCCUGGAAGUAUUGGAUUAUUACAGAAAUAUCUUCAUCAAAUGUUAGUUCAAGGUCGUGCAAAGCUUGUAUUAGAACAAAGAGGAACAAGAAAUAAGAUUGAAACGAUUGACGGAAACACUAUAGACACAAUGUUUAUUGAUAAUCGUCAUUCAAGAUUUGAUAAUGGUAAAAAUCUAGUCAUUUGUUCAGAAGGAAAUGCUGGAUUCUACGAAAUCGGUAUAAUGGUAACUCCAAUAGAAUUGAAGUAUUCAGUUUUAGGAUUCAAUCAUGCAGGAUUUGCAGGAAGUAGCGGAGAUCCGUUCCCCAAACAAGAACAAAAUGCUGCUGAUGCAGUUAUACAAUUCGCAAUUGAAUCUUUAGGGUUUGCGCCUGAAAAUAUCGUGUUGUAUGGUUGGUCGAUAGGUGCCUAUAAUACAUUAUGGCUAGCCAGUCAAUAUCCGAAUGUUAAAGGCAUCGUUUUAGACGCUACUUUUGAUGAUUUGCUUAUAUUAGCACUACCUCGAAUGCCUGAAAGUCUCUCAACUAUCGUUCGAAUUGCUAUUCGUGAUUACUGCAACUUGAAUCAUACUGAAUUAAUUACCAAAUUUAAUGGGCCUGUUUCAAUGAUACGAAGAACUGAAGACGAAAUUAUUGCUACUGAGGAGACAGAUAUGGGAACGAAUCGAGGAAACUACUUGCUGAUUCAUUUGCUUAAAUUCAGAUUUCCUAAUAUUUUUAAACCAGAGCAGAUCAAAUAUGCUCAGAAGAUCCUCAACAAAACUAUUGAUCAUUCCAAGACAGGCGACGACCAAAUGUGCUUAUCUUUGUUGAUGUCAUAUGUCUCUGAGCAAGGAGCUUCAUAUCCAGUAAAAAUUGGAGAAGAUUAUAGUGAGGAACAAAGGAAUCAGAUGACAUUUUAUUUGAUAAAGAAUCACAUGCUUGACUACAAAAGCUCUCAUUGCACUCCAUUGCCACUUGAGUUCUUUAAAAGUGGCUGGAAUCUUCCAAUUGAGAAUGAUUUUGUGUUUACAUGAACUGCCAAUUUACAAAUGCAUGAUUAUCACGGUGAAAAGAACUGCAAUUUUCUUCAAUAAUUUCCUUGUUUGCUCUUUAGAUGCUUGGCAUUUUGGGGUGUUUUAUGUAGCUAUAAGAUAAACUAAUGUGUGGAUUAGAAUUUAAUGUUUCUUUUAUAUUAAAUGAUUAUUUAUUUAUUGUUCCUUUUUUGUGGAAGUUACGUACUAUAUAUGUCUAGCUGUAACUUGGAAUGGUUCUUGCAGCAAUCUAGGAUGCAUUUAAGGUCAGCAAAAGUCAGCAAAUCUGCUCAAAUUCAGGCAUUAAAACUAAAGGACAUGAACAAAAAACUAGAUCAGCAUUUGAUCGACAUUCAAUUUUAAAGAUUUUUGGAACAAAUGCCUUCAAAAUCUAUUCCAAGUUGCUGCUAGGUACUCAUCAAAAGAAAAAAGAGAGAAAAUCAUAAUAAAAAGGUUUGGAAUAAAAAUAACGGACA